CCUGUCUCACCUCCCUGCUCCUUCCUGUCUGUCUGUCUGUCUGUCUCUCUGCCAGCCUGUCUCACCUCCCUGCUCCUUCCUGUCUGUCUCUGUCCUCCACAGCAACAGCUGUAUGUGUCCAGUGAGCUCGGAGUGGUCCAGCUGGGGCUCCAGAGGUGUGAGCUGUACGGGGCCGACUGUGCCGAGUGCUGCCUAGCCAGAGACCCCUACUGCUCCUGGGACGGCCAGACCUGCUCCAGAUACUUCCCCACCAGCAAGAGGCGGGCACGGAGACAGGAUGUAAAGUACGGAGACCCGUGGAGUCAGUGCCCGAUCACAGUGGACAGUAAGGAUUUCCUCCGUCUGAUGUUGAAUGAACUUGUUUCAGUGACGUGUGCACAGAAACAGGAUUUCCACUCAUGGGCUGGAAUGUGAAACAUCACAGAGAUCUGCAUGAAUUCUAUAAAUAAACAACACAUGUUUGCAGCAAUGUACAAUAACUGCAAACACAGUACGUUCUUAUGAGUAUUUAUUAUUAUCAAUUAUUUAAAGAGAACCUUUUUCCAAAUCUUUCUGUAAAAAUACUCAAUUACUAUUACUGAACUACCAUUA